AUGAUGGGAGCUGCUGGCCUGAAAGGGCCCAGUGCAGCCACUACCUUUGUGCGGCAAAGGCUCAUUGCGGUUCCUCGAUCGACCCGAUCGGUCUCUACCUUCAGGCCCCAGCGCUUCCAAUUCACCGGCCAGAAAGGUCAAUUGACACUCGUUUCCUCUGUCAAUGCUCCAUGGCGCCGUGCUGCCCUUGCUGCUAGCCCUGCUGCGAUCCGUUUCAACUCGACUUCGUCUGACCCAACACCCGCUUCCGUUCCCGAAACCACAACGCCGAUUGAUCCGGCCGAUGUUGGUUUUGAUAUCUCGGAGAUUCCAGAGAAGAUUGGAUACUUGAAGGAACUUGGAAUGGAUUACGGCUGGGGUCCGUCGUCCAUGCUCCAAUAUGUGAUCGAGCACAUUCACAUUUGGACGGGUUUGCCUUGGUGGGCUAGUAUUGUCGGUGCCGCCGUCUUGGUGCGUGUCGGUCUGUUCAAGCCAACAAUGGCUGCUUCCGACAUGGGUGCCCGAACCCAUAACGCUAAGUCUCUCAUUGACCCGAUUCGUCAUGAGAUGAUAAAGGCUCGGACCACUGGACAGACACAAGAGUUUCAAAUUAAGAAGGCUGAACUCGAUAAGAUUCAGGCCGAGCAUGGGAUCAAGCCCUCGAGGGCUCUCAUUCCUAUGCUGCAGAUUCCCCUUGGCUACGGUAUCUUCCGUGUCGUCCGUGGUAUGACCUCUUUGCCAGUGCCGGGGUUGUUGAGUGAAUCUGCUUUGUGGUUGAACGACUUGACCGUGGCCGACCAGCUAUACUUGAUCCCUGUUAUUACAGCCUCGUGCUUGUAUCUUACACUGAGGAAAGGUGGUGAGACUGGUACCAUGGACAUUCUCAACACCUCUGCUGGUAAAGCCUUGCUGAUUGGUCUUCCGGCUGUUUCUUUCACAUUCAUGGCUUUCCAGCCAGGUGCUUUGCAGUUGUACUUCCUGUCUACUGGUCUUCUCGGUCUUGCUCAAGCUUACAUUAUCAACAACGCCACCUUCCGUAACGCUAUGGGCAUGGCUAUCCCGACCAAACGCCCAGCGCCGCAAGAUUUGACCAACCUUGAGCAGCUUCAAGCCCGACUGGCAGAGCUCCAAGCCAAUCCGGAGAAGUUCAGGCAAACCGAGGCAACCAAGGAUAGUAAUACCAGCAAAAUCGACCAGGUCCAGAAGAGCAUCAGCAGCUGGAGUGAACAGGCCAAGAAAGAAGUCACGGACAAGUGGAGCCAAGUGAGAGGCAACCAGACCAAGAAUGCAGACGGCUCUGAUGCCGCAAAGCCUCGUCUCAGCGAGCAGGACCGACAAGCCGCAGAAAGAUACGAGAAGGAAUCAAGGGUUCGGGAAGCCGUCUUGCGCGAGGAGCGUAAUCACGCUCGUCGGAGCGCUCAUAUGAGGACUCUUGCAUCUGAGCGGCAGAAGGCUCAGGAUUCGUACAAGAAUCUGCAGCCGGUUGGUCGCGUCAGCCAAGAUCGGAGGAAGUGA